CUGUCCCUCAUAGAUCUUCUCAAUAGCCCUUUUUCUUUGUCCACAAUAGAUCUUCUCAUUUCAUUUUUUAACAAUUAAAAUACCACAACUACCCCCACUUACUUUAUUUAUUACACCUCACCCACCUCAUUUAAUACACUCCACCCAUUUUUCAUUAAGGUUGAAAAAAAAAGGAAAAUUUACCAAAAUACAUUUAAUAAAAUGGAUAGAAUAUAUUAAAUAAGUAGUGAGGUGUAAUAAAUUAAAUAAGUCAGUAUAAUUAUGAUAUUUUAAAUGCUAAAAAGACUAAUAGAAAAAUUUGUGAGACAAAUAAAAAACAAUAAUGGAAAAUGGAUAUGGAUGAAGGGAGCAUUUAUAAAGAGCCAUGCAUCCAAAAGACCUCAAAAGAGAACCAUCCCACACACAAAUGAUGACCAAUAAUUCAGAUUUGUUCAACAACAAUUCCUUCACCCAAUUCCAUGCACCCACAAUCACACUAAUCCUUUUUCUUCUUCCUCUUCUACUACUCUUCAUUUAUAACUACCUCUUCUCCGGCGGCCCAAACAACUCCCCCCUCUACCUCAUCGACUUCUGCUGCUACAGGCCGCCGGACCACCUGCGGAUCUCGACGGCGCAGUUCAUCGAACACGGCCACUCCUGCGUGUCCCGGAAAGACCAGCAGUCGUUUGACUUCUACGCGAAGUCCGCGGCGCGGUCGGGGAUAGGCGGCGAGGCGUGCGCGCCGCCGGUCAUGCACCAGCUCCCGCCGGACUUCUCCCUGAGGCCGUCGAGGGAGGAGGCGGAGGCGGUGCUCUUCGCGGUGGUGGAGGAGGUGCUGGGGAAGUGUGGCGUACGGCCGGACAGCGUGGACGUGCUCGUCUCUAACUGCAGCCUCUUCUGCCCCACCCCUUCCAUUACUUCCAUGAUCAUCAACAGGUUUAAGUUCAGAAGCAACGUGAAGAGCUUCAGCCUGAGCGGAAUGGGGUGCAGCGCGGCGAUGGUGGCGAUGAGCGCAGCUCGAGAUGUGCUCAAAGUGAACAAGAACUCGGUGGCGUUGGUGGUGAGCAUGGAGGCGAUCACCCCCAACGGAUACUUAGGGAACGACAAGUCCAUGAUCCUCACCAACACCCUCUUCAGAAUGGGAGGCGUGGCCGUCUUGUUGUCCAACCGGAGGCGGGACUGUAAGACGGCGAAAUACAAACUGUGUCAUCUGGUGCGGACCCACAUGGGUGCCGACGAUGAUUCCUAUCGCUCAGUGUACCAGACUAACGACGAUUUGGGGUUUCAGGGCGUUUUUCUCUCCAGAAAGCUUCUCCAAGUUGCAGGAAAGGCACUGAAAACCAACAUAUCGAAGCUCGGCCCGCGCGUUCUACCGUUAUCCGAACUCGUCCUCUAUGCAUACGCGACGACCAAAAGGAGAAUCUCGAAGAAGGGGGACGCGUUCGUGCCGAAUUUCAAGAAGGCUUUCGAGCAUUUCUGCAUCCACGCGGGGGGAAGAGCUGUGAUUGAUGCAGUUGAGGAAAGCCUCAAGCUAAGCAAAGAAGACGUGGAGGCCUCGAGAAUGACACUUUACAGGUUCGGAAACACUUCGUCUUCCUCAGUUUGGUACGAGCUUUGCUACCUUGAAGCUAAAGGGAGGAUCAAGAAGGGCGAUCGGGUGUGGCAGAUCGCAUUUGGGAGCGGGUUUAAAUGUAACAGUGCUGUUUGGAUGUGUGUUUCGGAGCUUGACCCGAGUCCGAAUAAUGCAUGGUCUGAUAGGAUCCAUAGGUAUCCUGUGGAAGUUCCAAAGGUUUUAGAUCAUUGACAAAUCUUACCUUUGGAUAGCAGCAACGUGUCUAUGUUGUCGGAAAACAAAACAAAUAAUAAUGUGAAUGACAAGACAAUAAAUUGGUUUCAUGUAGUCUAAUAAAGUUCACUAAUGGGAGAUGGCAGAUUAUUGUAUACAAUAUGGUGAGAAUGGGAGAUGAAUAAUAGUGAUUUUGGAUG